AUGGCCCACAACGAUAUUGAACCAGUCGCCAAGCUAGGCCUCAAUCUUGCAAGCUCCCUACAAAUAGAAUCGGAAGCCAACCACAGAGCCCAACUGGUGCUGCCCAAGCUGAUCAAUUUGAUCAAUUCUACUGCCCUGACACUGACAAAAAUUGACAAUCUGAUUCAAGAAAGUGCAGAUGCGCUCACAACGCUAUGCCUGGAAGACAUCACUGGCCUAACGGCCACGUGCGAAAAGAUUUACACCGGUAUAUUGAUCAUGCUGGUACGGAAGACAGAGAGUAUUGUUGGCGACAAGGAGAUCAAUAAGAUCUCGCGGGAGGAAACAGGAAAGUAUCUCGACUGCGUCGCUCACACCAGUGUAUGGAGUGACGAGUCUUGGGAGCGGCUCGAGCUUGAACUGAGGUACUUUCGGCACCGCUUGACGCAGAUCAAGUUUGAACUCAUGCUGCGCUAUCUUUUGGGUACUAUCGCGCAGGGUCAGAUGCGGGCAGGGACUCGACUCCCAGGUAGCUUUGAGACCGAGUCCACAAUCCGACAACUGGCAAAGACGGUGGACAGACAACGAGCAAGUCACAACAGAUUUUGGUCCAAGAAGGUGGCCAAAUGGACCAUCAUCGCUCCACCACCAGACUCUAGCAAUGUUUCCAUCGCAGAUGUUAAAAGCACUUGCACUGUUUCAAGUACACCUACUAUUGCGGUUGAAACAAAGACUGAAGAGGUCAAGCCUGUUGAGAGCAUUCCAAGCGGUGAAACUCAGCCGCCAGAAUUGCCCGAGGACACCGAGGCUUUGGUUGAUACCACUGAAGAGACCACCAGCUCACCAACACAAAUGAAUCGACAGCCGGCCAAAGAACACGGCUCAAGUCUGCUGACUGCUACCAGAAACUGGAUCAAACGGAUCCUCCUGCCAGGAUCGCAUGAUGAAUGGAAGGAUCAAGACCUUGAGGUUUGGCAAAUUGAUCUUGCCGCUCAUUUCAACAGCAUCCCAAUCAAGACAUUCAAACGCCUUGAACUGGAUGACAAACAUGUCAGGUCCGCUCUCUCGAAGGCAACCUCCAAGCCCAGAUGGAGAAAGCGUCCAGGACUCCUCGAACAAUACGACUCACUCGAUCAACGUGUCCGCCAACGGAUCGACGAUGGUAUCGAUGCCGCCAAGCAAUCGAGCCCUAGAGAACGUACUUGGAUCGCCAUGUCGACCGCCAGUCCUCCACUCAAAAACAGAUACGAGGCUGUUGUUCAGACUGAUGCUUCUAUCUGUCUUUUCUUCCGGCUCGGUGAUGAAGUAGAGCCGAUACACGUAGUUGAACUUCACACGGGUAAAAGGUUCACCUUCCCGUAUGCUUCUUGCAAGGAUCUAGAUUCACUGCGUAAAAGACUCUCUUCCCUCAGCUUGGGAUAUCCCGCGUCAGCGAUUUUGAAAGACGGAAAGUAUAAUUUCUGCGCCGAGGACGGAACCGUCAUUUUACCUGAGACGUGGGAAUCGCUACGCCGUCCUGGCAUGACACUGAACAUUCAGAACUAUGGCACCCCAAUACCACCGAUGUUCGGUGGCCCAACGCCCUUCAAUCGUCGUCCGGGUAUGAUGCCACCUGGACCUCCGAACGUUGUUACUGCUGGCCCUCCCUGUACAAGCACUACUACCUCUAGCAGUUCAUCAACACGUUCUUGUACUUCUCCGACUAUGAAACAUAUUCACAGCGAGAUGGAGGAGCUGCUUCGGCUUUCUGACUCUUGGUCUCCUGACCCGGAUACAAUCAGCACCGGCAUAGAUAGACUUCUUGGCUUGUGGACUAAUGCUCUUGAUCCGCAUGUGAACGUCACAGAAGAUUCGGAUUCAGAGUGGAGUUGUUCAGCGAGUGACUCUGACUACUACAGCUGCGGCAGUGUGAGCUCCUAA